AUACUCAUAGAAAACAAGAAAAUAUGUCACAUAUCAAUCAUUUAUUGUUCCAAAGCAAGUGACCCUCUUUCUAAUUCAUAGGCUUAUCUCUCUCCAUAUAUUGUCUAAACUCUCCCUCUUUCUCCAUCUUCUCACAUUUCUACUACAAAUAUUUCAGAAGCAGGAACCACAACAAAGCUCUCUACUUUUCAACGAAGUAUACAAAAUUUUGUCCUUGUAGUGUUGGAACCAUAAAGUAAUGGGAGAAGAAAACAGCACGAGCGGGACAUGCAAGCCGUCCAAGACGUUCAAGGCGAAGUGUAGCCACAUGGUGAAGAAACAGCGAGCCAAGUUUUACAUCCUUGGCCGUUGUAUCGCCAUGUUAGUCUGCGGGCGUGGCCGUGACCGCGAGCGCGACCGUAUUUUGAUUUAGAUCUUUACCUUAUGUUUUGUUUCUCUUAUUGUAUUUUUCCUAACUUUUUUGGGUUGGGUUGCCGUUUUCAUUUUUCCCUCUAGUAUCAAACAUUUGAAGUAGGGUUGAUAUGUAAGUUAUAUACACAUGAAUAUAUGAAAUUGAUGUGAAUGCAUUCUUGAAAUGCUUAGUUAAUUUGAGAUUUAUCUCUCUCUUUUGAAAGUUAAUUAGAAUGGUAUUUUCUUAAUAAGUUUUAGUUGUUCAAGUACUAACCUCUUCUUUUUGUAAACCAUUGGCCCUGGAAUGAUCUUCAAUUUUUUUACUUGGAGUAUAUAGGUUAUACAAAACUUUAUUGUAAAUUCAGAAAUAUUCAGACAUGCAUUGAGCCUUCAAAUGCUCGUUAUCGUUAAUCAUAUGAAUAAUAUAACAGCAAAACAUCUCAUUGGCCCAUAAAGAUUUAAAGAAUAAUCACAAAAACUUUGAAAACUAACUCUGGUGAUGAAUAAUAAUUUGUUUGCCAGUUAUUUUAUUUGGCAGCAUCUGUUUACCAGUUACAUAUAUACAGUACAGAUAUCAUGUAAUGAACUUAUAUCUUGAAAACAUUAUAGAUAUUGAGGUCAGAGAUCGAAUCUCAUCCACUGUAGUUUCAUGUUAGGCACUGCACAGUUAAAGUGACAAAAAAAAAAUCAGCUUGCUAUAAACCUUAAUUAGUAUAAGUUUAGAUUUCAGAUUAUAAGCAAAACAAAACAAAACGAAAAACACGAUAGAUGUCGAUAGACAAAAGACUCUUUUUUGAGAGUGAAUCGUUCAUUAAAUUAGUGUAACGAUACCAGCGAAAAGAUGAGAGAAAAAGGUGGAGAAGAUAGAAUGUAAUUAUGACAAAAGUCUACGGCCUGAGAGUCCAUGCAUGUGAGUAUAUGACUCGAGUCCAAUUCAUACUAAUGCAAAUCGAAACUAUGCACUAUUUUCAUUACUAGUUAUUUUGUCGGUUUAGGGAGGGCGAUAUGUUUAAUUGUGUAGUAGAUAAAAAUUUGAAUAUGAAGACGAGAACCAACAUCGUCUUCCAUUCGAUUCAUAAACUAUUCAAAUCCAUAUAUUAAAAAGAAAAGGAAAAGAAUAAUAGAUUGUGUAAUUCAAGAUCCGUACCAUGAAGAAAACAAGUGAAAAUAAUAGUAAUCCUAGACUAACGUGCCCAUUGUAGAAGCUUUUUCUUAUUCAUAUUAAAUAUUAUUUUAGUUCAUGAGAAAUAUAUAUAUCAUCAAUAACUUGCCCUAAUUUUUUACAUUAUGUAAUAUGCGGAUUUAAAUUCAAAUGGUGACACGAUAACGGCAAUAACACAAACUAUUAAGCAUAUAUUCUAUUUGAUAAUAGCGGUUUGCUUUUUCUUCCAUUAGGUACUUAUAAAGUUGAACAUGAUCGUCCUUGAUAAUUUACUACUAAAAUGUAGAUUAUAGAAAAUUAAAAAUUGCGAUGGCCUAAAGGGUACAGUAUAUUAUAUUGUAAUGCAUAUAAUCGGAUCUUUAUUACGUAGAAAAUUUUGUAACAACUAUGUUUAAUUUUGACCAGUGAAUGCAGUCAGUGUUACCACUAUAUUGGAUUCUUAAUUGUUAUAAAAUACGACCCAUGCAACAACACUAAUAAACUAUGUGAAAAGAAUCCGAAGCGAAAAAUAAAAAACAAACUAAAACGUCUAACAUCACGUGCAUGCUCUUGCUCCAAGUCUCGAACAUUUCCGACACGCCGCAACCGCUGAUUAAGAAGACGAUUAAUCAUUAGAAUAAAAUUAUAGAUACUUGUCUGAUACUCGUAGGAAAUUGAAAACGUAUUUGAUUGUUCGUAUUUGAGCGUUAUAGUGAACCUUAAUAUCUAGGUCCGAUUUGAAUAAUUGAAUAUAUAUAGUACAUAUGUUGAAACCAAAUGUAGGUGAAAAACUAUGAGCCGACAAUGGGAAUCGUCGAGGCGAAAAAGGUGUGCAGAUGCACUCGUGCGGUCCCUCCCGUUACUAUUAUUCAUCGUUUUCCCACUACUGUUUGAUUUAUUACGUACUACAGAACUCAUCAGAACAUUAUUUUCUCAAGUAAAAAGAUCAAGUUUUGUUUCUAUAUAUUAUUUAUAAAUGAUGAUGGGAUAAAUGAGAAACGUGACUUUCAACCUUUAUUCAUAAAGGAAACUUGAUUUGUAUAAGUAAAAGUCAGCAUCAUUGACGAAAGAGAUGGGGAAAAACAUGGUUGGUCUCAUAAUUAUUG